AUGCUACGAGUACUCCCAAUAUAUCUAAUAGGCAACUCCGUUGCGAAGGAGCGAUGGGACGCAAUCGAGAACGCAUGGGGGCUGAAGCAGACGGGUGUCUUAAAGGAAGAAGAGUGGAUCACGAAGAUUGAUGGAGAGGCCCAGGGUAUUACCAGCAGCACCCGUCCGUCGUUUUUAACGCCACAAGAUGCGGGCGGCGCGCGAGAUCGGGGGAAGCAAGCCAGGGAUCGAGCUGCCCAAGGUGUUCUAGGUGGCAACAUCAUCAACGCGUUCGCUCGUGGCAGCGGAAAGCCGAUUGAGCGGACUCGCGGUGGUGUCACAGAGCAUGUGUCCGGUAUCACCUUCCCACCUCCGGCCCCGGAGCGGCGCAUACCGUGCCCUCACUGUCCCAUGACCUUCGUGAACGAGCAAGGACUUGGGAUCCACGUGAAAACACAGCACAGCAAUGCAAACAUGUCCAACGGCUUGCGACUGCAGCGAAUGCUAGGGAAGACUCCCAAAGGGUAUGUUCAACCGUGGGAAGAAGCCGGGCCUGGACGAUGUUGGCACGUGAAGGUCGAUGGGGCGACGGGGGCGGCUUCGUUCGUCCUCCAACGGAAGCGCUUCCGCGAUCUCGACUUGGAAAGCGACGGCUUUACGGACCGCAAAGUCAAGGAGACUCGUGGAGCUGUGAAGCGCAAGCGAUACGAUUCAGACCUCUUCAAGGAGGAGCAGCUCACGCCUCUCCAGUACUUAGAGGACCGUCUCAAGGUUAACUUCAGCCUGAUCGUGAAGUGGGCUCAGGACGAGGCCAAUAUAGUCCAAUCGGCAGCAGAUGACGUGAAGAAGACCCUCCUUGCCAAACAGCAGCCAAAGCGGUGGUUUCCUGAGGAAGAGAAGAAGCUGUACAACAUGUUCUUGGCGCGGCGGAGGAGGAAGCUGAAGGUGUCGACCCUGUGGCUGACGGUCACGUUCCGGAAGCUCGUGCAAGAGAAUCACCCUGAGGACCAAAACGGGCGGGGGGGUUCAGCGCGUCCUUCAGGUGGGCACGAAAAUGGGCAAAGAGGCAUAAGCUGUCCAAACGGCGCAGGAGCAACCUCAAGAACAAGUCUGUUGAAGAGCGCCUACCAAAGAUCCAGCGCUUCCACCGGCGGUUUCGCAAGCUCCUGCAAGAGCCGGUACGGUACAGGGCACCCGAGGCAUCGGACGUGUCGGCGAUGUCGACGGUCGCGGAGGGAGACUCCAGAGAUCCCAAGUACGGUCAAUUCCAGCUCUGGGAAGGUUAGAAUGUGGAUCAAGUGCCUUUGCCAUUCGUGAACGGGCUGAUCAGCGCGUGGGAGAAGACAGGCGCGUUGCGUGUAGCCAUCUCGCAGCCCUUUGCUGGUCUAGAGAAAAGGAAGUGCACCAUGCAAGUAAUCUUUGGUCCGGGUAAGAAGACUUUGCGGAUUUCGGUGAUUUUCCGAGGCCAGGGGAAGCGGAUUUCGCCGGUGGAGAAAGCCGCGUGUACCACAAGGACGUGGACGUGUUUUUCCAGGAGA